AUGGAUCUCGCCAGUCUCAAGGAGGCCGCCGCCAAUCUCACCCUGUACGAUCUCAAGGCAGGUGUGAGAAAGGUCCAAAAUGCUGUUAUGAACUACACCGAAAUGGAAGCCAAAGUCAGAGAGGCCACCAACAAUGAGCCCUGGGGCGCAAGUUCUACCAUGUUGCAAGAGAUUGCCAAUGGCACAUACAACUACCAACUACUCAACGAGAUUAUGCCCAUGAUUUAUAAACGAUUCACAGAGAAAGCCGCAGAGGAAUGGAGACAGAUCUACAAGGCCCUCCAACUCCUAGAGUUCUUGAUCAAGAACGGUUCGGAACGCGUGAUUGAUGAUGCCCGGUCCCACCUCACUCUGCUCAAGAUGUUGAGACAAUUUCAUUAUAUUGAUCAGAACGGCAAAGAUCAAGGACUGAACGUCCGCAACAGAGCCAAGGAACUAGCUGAACUUCUCAGUGAUGUCGAGCGUAUCCGAGCAGAGCGAAAGAAGUCCCGGGCAACUCGAAAUAAAUACACUGGUGUCGAAGGUGGUGCUGGGCUGGGCGGAGGCAUGUCCAGCAGCAGUAGCAGGUAUGGCGGAUUCGGUAGUGAAGAGUCUGGAGGUGGCAGCAGUAGAGAAUAUGGAGGUUACAGUGGUGGUGUGUACGGAGACGGUGGAGGAUUCGGGGGACAAUCGAGCGAUUUCCAGGAUACCGGUAGCCGUCGAGCCUCCACUGCAGGGGGUCGAGACAGAUUUGAAGAAUACGACGAGUACGACGAGGGGGCUGCCGCACCACCUCGAAGGCAAGCCGAGGCUUCCUCUUCCUCGGCGAGCCGGCGAAAGACAGCAGAGAGGCCUGCUACUAAGAAGCAGGAACCGCCCAAAAAGAAGGAGCCCGAGGUCGACCUAUUUUCGUUUGACGACCCAAUACCAACAACCUCUGCUCCUCUCGCAGCCGCCCCGGCCACUUCCAAACCCGGAGACGAUUUUGACGACGAUUUUGACGAUUUUCAAUCUGCUGCCCCUUCCACACAAGCUGCAGCUCCCUCUUUUCCAAUUGCGGCACCUACUGCUGCAACCACCCCUUACACCCAAUACGCCGCCCCACAACCAGUCUCGGCACCAAAAGCCGCCAACUUAAGCGACCUUGUUGGAUUUUCAUCCAUUUCACCCGCACCGAGUGUCAACGCCACACCAGUCAACUACUCCGCCUUUUCUCCUCCAGUAGCCACUCAACAAGCACCACGACCAACCGCAUACCAAGGCUCCCAGCCAAAUUACUUCACAUCCGUGCAAGCGCCUUCUGCACAGGCUUCCCAGCCAAACUCAACAGCUUCAACUAUCAAGUCCGCAGUUGGAGGAGCAAAGCCAGCAGGAGGUGAUGCCUUUGGAUCCCUCUGGUCGUCGGCGAGUGCCGGAGUUAAGAAGUCGAGCACACCUACUGCGGGUCCUGCUCUAGGUCAGCUGGCCAAGGAGAAGGCUAGUGCUGGGAUCUGGGGCGCUGGGUCUUCGUCUGGCUCUGCUCCUUCACAGGCACAGAAGCCUGCUGGCCAGCAGUCUUAUGGCAACGGCCUGGACGAUUUGCUGAGAUGA